CCUCCCGGUUGCCCGGCGACGGCGACGCGGCGGCCAUGGAGGCGGAGGGGCUGCCCGGCGGCCUGGAGCUGGCGGCCGGCGGCGGCGGAGCGGGGCUGAGCCCGGAGAAGCGGGCGGCGCUGGGGGCUUCGCUGCCGCUGCUGAAGCGCGACUACCGCUUCGAGGCGGUCUGGUUCUGGGGCUGCGUCCAUGGCGUGCGCGGCACCUACUACAUCGCCCAGGGGCUGGGGGCUGACCGCGCCGCGCCCCGCAGCCGCCUCUACAGCUUGGACUGCGUGGAGUGGAGCCUGCUGACGCCGGUGGCCAAGGAGGUGGGGGAGCAGGCGGAGAGGCUGAAGGGCCGCUUCCAGGGGGACCCGAGUUUUCAGUACGAGUACGCCGAGGUCAGCGCGGAAGAUGCCGAAAGAUUGCUCGAAGACGGUACGGAGCUCGUGAUCAAGGAGGAGGACCGCCUCAUAGCUACAAUAGACCAGAUAGACAGAGCAGUUGGUAUCGUCCCCCGAGGUGCAUUUGUGAAGACUCCUCUUGGGUCUGUGCAUGAAAACAGAAACUUUGAAGGUCUUUCCUUGACUGAGGCAAAAAAGCUAAGUUCCUAUUUCCAUUUUACGGAGCCUAGUAACCUGAAGAAUAAAACCCUGCUGGAAAAGGCUAACUGGGACCCAUCCACUGACUUUCUGGACUCUCUGGAGCAUGAUAUCCCACCAGGCUCCUGGACUGUCCAGCCAGAGAAAGGAGGCGCUGUGGUGGUGCUGAGGAGUCUGCUGUGGCCGGGACUGACGUUCUACCAUGUCCCAAUGACUAAGCAGUAUGGCUACGUCUACUUUGGCACUGGUGCUAGAGGAUAAGAGGCUUGGAACUGUCUGGUAAUGGAAGAGCAACAUGAUGCCAGGGACUGUAUUGCUGGGAGCAUGUUUUAGCAUGGUUGUCUUAUAAACUGGGAAUCUGGGUCCUCUGUAGGAAUCACAGAUACAGAGAGUAACAAAAAUAGAAAAUUUAUUAAUUUCACCCACUAAUCAAUUGCUGGUAGUGUGUGCGGACAGUUUUUGGAAAAGACUGCUUUUCAUUCUCUGUUUUCUGACUUGAUAGAUCUGCUCUCCACUUACCUGCCCACCUUCAUUGGGCACGCACAAGGUGAUGGUGAAGAAUACAGACCCUGAGUGAGGUUUUGAGCUAGAUUCUUCUCGGCAUAUGAUCUCUGGUCUGGCACAGGCAUCUGGGGGAGGUCACCAGGAAGCCACGUGUAGUUUUCUUGUCAUAUGGGGCAGUUACAGUGUGGGUUAGAGUACGCUGAAGGCAGUUUGUUCUCAUGCUACUGAUGGAUAAAGUCCACAGACUCUUGUUCUGAUGAAGAAUCAGAUAAUAGAACAGAAUUUUGCUGAGAGCUCUGCCCCUGUUGAGACAUUUUUCUCACUGGGAAACUCUCCGCUUUGCACCCGCAGUCUGGACGACAUGCAUUGAGUUUUGCAAAAUGGCAGGGUUGGAAAAAAGACGGAGAAGUGGCGUGUAGUCUCCAGGCCAUUUCCUUCAGCCCAGGAAUUUUUCCAUCCCAUCUCCCUCCCUGUGUUUUUUCUAAAUGGCAGAGAGGAGCCGGGCUGUAGCUUACAAGUCAUGCUGUUGUUGUUUUUGUAGUGUACAGUGUGCUCUGUGAAGGGCAUUUUGCCCUUCCACACAAAGAUUUCAGCCUGUGCCCCGGUACAGCUCUGCCUCUGUCUUCUGCUGGGAGGCCUCAGCACGGGGGAAACACGUCCUGGUAAGGCAGAACAGGGCUGGAAUUAGUCGGAUGCAGAGGAGAGGGGCUCGGUACUAACGGCCAGAUAGGCUCUGACAGCCUCACACCAACGGGCCACUCUCCUCUACAGGGAGUUUACGAGGCCUUGGCUUGUGUGGCCACCUCCACUUAUGAACGAAAAUCAAAACCAGAUUGAUGUCCCCCUCCCAACAGCAGCUGCCUGUUUUUUUUGCAUAAAUUGUGCUCCCCUGCCCCUCUCCGGGGGAGCUCCAUAAAAUAAAUGGAUUCAUUACAUGCGGAUUUCCUUUUCCUUCUUCUCUGGAGAAACAAAGAGCCUAUUAGACACAAUAUGGAAAUGCACAUACGCAUGCACACACGUGCAGACAACAUGAAAACGUGCACGUGCACAUGCAGAGCAGAAACUCCCUCGCUCUCCCAUCUCCCUACCCAGACAGUGCCAUAAAAUACGUGCAGAAAACCCCUUCUCCGUCGCAUGCACAGCUCUGCCAAACACACAAGCGUGUAUUCAUUCGCACGGAUCUGCAGCUUAAAUUCCGAGCUAACGAGGACAGGAAAGCCCAGGGCAAGUUGCCUCCUCCCUGAAGGUGCAGCGCUGAGUGGGGUUGUGUUCCUCAGCCAAAGCCGCCCGUAGUGGCCGGGAGCAGUGUUUUUUACCAAGAGCAGAAGGGCCCUGGCUCGCAGUGGGGUAACCACAGCAGCUGGGGGGCUGCCAGCUUGCCCCGUCCAGCUGCGGUAGAGGAGGGUGCUGUGCGUCUGAGGAAAGGCAGGGGGAUGAAGGUAGGGAAACAGUUGGGAGCCCUUCAUUCCUCUCAUCUCCAGGUGGCGGCAAUACUGGCACAGGAAAGAGCUGGAGAGCACACCUUCCCUGGGAAGCUCUGCCCGUGCGCAGCAGGCACAGAUGCAAACCUCACCCACCUGUGCAGCAGGGUGAGGGGCACGCUGCAAACCCCUCGCCAGGCAGCUUGCACAGAGUUAGAAGGGACACAUGCUCACCUUCUGGAUGCUGCCACCAGGCGCUGGCCACAGAACAAUAAAUAUGUACGUGGAUAUGUUCACAUGGUAUGCUAAAGCUGGGUCUGAGCCUGGGUUUGAGUGCUGACUUGCUUCCUGUGCAAACUUAACACCCUCAUCUUCACGUCCAAAUCCUUCUGAUUUCAGUCAGGAAGCCUCUGGGGCUCCGAAAGCCUCAAUGGGGUAUUGUGCUGUAGAAACAAGAGGCAAAAUCCCACAGCACUAGGAAACCGAGCUUCACCUUUGCCAGGUUGACUAGGAGUCACCUCCUUGUCACCCCCAACCCAUCUGAUUUGGGAGUCAGGAAUGGAGCGGAGGGGGAAGAAGGGAACUGCUUUCUGUCCCUACUGUGCCUUAGGACAAGGGAGGAGAAGGGCAGCAGGGCCAAGCUGAGGGAGGGGGGAAACCAAGCCCCAGGGUGACAUUUGCUGGGCCAAAGCCCAGGCCACACUGAGGACAUGCCAUAAGUGUCUGAGCUGGAGCCAACCCUGCCAAAGCUCCAAUUUUUGAGGGCAGGAACUGAACAUCAAAGUCUUUUUUUUUUUUUUUUUUAAUCUGGGAUACAGACUACUGCAGAAUAUUUCUUAGCUGUCAGAAAGGAAGCGGUGGAAAGCUGGGGAUGUGUAGGAGCAAGCUGAAUUCAAGGGAGACCUGCUCAAAAUCAAGGGGUGUGGAGAGCAAUGUUGCCCUCAGGAGUUCAGGUGCGUGACCCAAGAACCAACUCCCUCAAAUCAUAAAUGCCUCAAUAGUGUAAGAAGAUAGAAGAAGAUAGCGGUGUUCUCCUCGGGCCUGGAAUACUGGGCUUUGGGGUUACAUCCAGGCUCCAUUGCUAGCUUUUUCUGGCGGCUCUGAAGAGUAGGAACUUUCCCUUAUAAGAUGCAUGUUUUCGCAUAAUUGCAUGAGUCGGAAAGCCAGAGCUUUAGAAAAAAACAGUGACUUGAAUGAGAUGUCUGAUGAAAUCCAGAAAGCCAGCACCAUGGGGGAAAACAGACCCCACAGAAAAGGGUUUCUGAGGAGCUGCUGAGCGGAAACCCUGUGACUGAGAGAAGCUAGCAAGCACUGAGAUAUGAGGCAGCUCAAAGAAGUUCAUAUUGCCUUAAAUUCAGUAUUCUAAGCCCCAGGGUUUCAGAUAUCUCAAGCUGGACCAUGAAAAUUUAUGUUAACUUUAAAAUUAUAAGCUUUUAUAAAAGAACAUAUGCUUCAUUUUCUCUCUUUGCCUCUUGGUUUCUGAGUCUUAAAGUUGCCUUUGAAUCACGUUUUUUAGUUUUCCUCACAAUGAAGAGGACUAGAAACUUGUCUUAUGUAGAAAGCGUGUUUUCACCUAAUCAUCUGUCAUCAGGAUCUGGAGCUUUAAGGAAAACCAGCAACAGUAUAAUGAGAUCCACAACCCAUCACAAGCACAGUGCUACUUCAAAUGGCUUCACUUCACUGGUGUCUGACAAGACUUUGUAUACACAAAUUCGGAGAUUGCAAUCUUGACCCUGGAAACUCUGGAGCCUUGGAAUGGCCAAACUGGAUGAGCCCCAAAAUCCAUUUAUUCCAGGGACCUGUCUCUGGUGUGCUGAUGCUCUGAUGCUGUCUCUGAUGCCUUUGCCAGAUGCUUCAGGGGAAGGUGCAAGAACUUUGCAGUAGGCAGAUGUAACAUAAUCUGUUCCAAACACUUGGGAUCGCUUUCUGGUUCCUACCCAUUAGAGAUGGGAUUGGGACCAGGAAUACAAAACUGAACUUCUUUUCCAAAAGUCCUGUUAACUAUUGUUAUUAUUAUGUUUUUCCUUCCACAUCAUUGUACACUUUUUUUUUUUUUUUUUUUUUUUUUUUCCAUAAGGCUUGCUGAAUUCUUGGUCUCCCCAGCUUCUUGUGUUAAGGAUGGCUUAGUCCAAUUGCAUGUGUUUUAAAGAAAUUAUUUACCUUGAUGAAGUUUGAACUGGUUGCUUCUUCAUCUUACUGAAUAUCUGUUCAUCCUUGUGUGUUUGAGGGCAACAUCAACAACCAGUUGUCUUUCCUUCUACGGAUAUUUUGCGUCCUUGCAUCAGGUUGCCUUAUGGUUGUUGCUGGGGAUUUGUGCAGGUGAAACUCCUUGCUUGAGGCUCCCGUGUACUUUACCUGCUUUC